AUGAUCACUGGCCUCAGUCCAGUAAUGGUCCAAGCGCACAUUGAGGUCAUCAUGCAAAAAGACACCCAGUACUUUGAUGGCAUCAAGUACAUAGGGGACAUCCCUCGCGAGUGUAUUGCCCUUCCAACUGACGAGGAGUUGGCAGCAGAGUUCGCGCGACUGAACCACACUCCAGUGGUGCGGCAAUCUCAAAUCAAUCCAACAGCCACCACCACAAACAACUAG